AACGAAGCGUCUGAAUAGCACGAUGUAAACCGCUGGUAAAUUCCUCCUAAUUACAAUGACGACCUAGCUUGAUUAUAUUCAUUUUGAUGGCUUCAUAAGUUAACGUGUGUUGUCCAUAUAGAUGCAGCAUCUUUUUUGGACAAAGAAAACGUUGCCAAGAUAGGACGUUGCUCCUUGUGACAUCAAUUGUUUGGGUUCCCGUUUUCGCAAUGACUCGUGACGUAGGUGCCUGCACAUUGAUUUUCAAAAAAUGUUUAAGCACUUGAAUGCCUCCCAAAAUGGCGCAAUCUGGCAGCACUGCAGCAGACGCUGCUCCGGAUGUCAGAAAGGAGUCUUCAUCGACCUUGCAGGUGCCAGACCCGGAGUAUCCCAGCACAUCCAAAUUCCUCAUCCGGGGGAUCCCGAAAUCUUCCUCCUCCAGCAACUGCAUCCCCUCCAGCUCCACAUCCAGCUCCUCAUCCAGCUCCACAUCCAGCUCUCCAGCAGAAACACACUUGGGUCCCCCACCAAACUCUCCCACCUCCUCGUCCUCCUCUUCGUCCUCCUCUUCAUCCCCUUCCAGCUCCUCCACGUCCUCCUCAUCCUCCCCCUCUUCCUCCUCCUCUGACAACUGGAUCUGUGUUAGCGAUGAUCAAGAUAAGGUCGUCUUGAAGAGGCUCCCAACUGGGGCUCACAACAAGCUCCACGCAACAGGAAAGAAUCUCGUUCGGAGGCCGCAACUGAGGUGGGUGAGGAAGAUCAUGAAGGACAGGAAUAAGCAGCGUAGACGAAAGAAAGCCGCUACAAAUUCAGAGUAUGCGCCGCCACAAUAAAGCUAAAGUAAAAGUUCUAAUUCAUUAUGUGAACCUCCCCUACACAUCCAUCCAUCCAUCCAUUUUCUAUGCCGAUUCUCCUCAUUAGGGUCGCGGGGGCAUGCUGGCGCCAAUCCCAGCUUCCCUACACAUACACUGCCAAAAUCUGUCUUUUUCCAUUUCAGAUAAGCACCACAUCAUAUUUUUCUACAUUUUGUGUACAUUUUAUUUCGCAU